AUGUUCUCCUUCCGACAAAUCCUGGCUCUUAUGAUUGUAGCUAUUGCUAUAAUGUCAUACUCAUCAGCUCAGCCAAUCGACCAAGACCGUCCAAUCUUUAUGGAACGUCGUGAAGCUUCAGCAUUCGGAGAUAUCAUUGGAGAACUCAAGGGCAAAGGACUCGGUGGACGAAUGAGAUUCGGAAAGCGAUCGUCUUCUCCGGACAUUUCGUUGGCUGAACUGCGUGCAAUCUACGGAGGCGGACCAGUGGAAUACGUUCAGCUCUAA